AUGCCUCCUCGCUAUCAGCCUGUACAAACAACAACGCAGAGACCUCUGCACAAUGAGAUAAUGACACUACAAAAGCUGCUGGGAACUGACAUCCUUGAACAAGCAGCCAGAAUACUCGAUCACUUUGCAGCAACAAAAGAAAAUAAAUUUGAAGCAGCCGCUUUUCAGACACCACCUCACUUAAACGACAAGCUGAUAGAAAAGUGCGAAGACUUUGAAACCGUGUGCGAUCAAAUCUACUUUAUCCUGGAGCAAUCCAAACGUGUCUUGCAACUAGAAUACCAACAAAAAGUGAUACAGAUCAAAGCAGACAAUUUGGAAAAGGAGAGGCAGCAGCAAAAAAAAGCAGAGCAAGCGCCACCUCCAGAUACCAUGAAUGUGGAUACAGACAUGGAUUUUGAAUCGUCUCAGAUGGAUGCUUCUUUGAGUGUAGACAUGAUGGAAACAGAUCAACCUCAAUCAUCUCAAAACGCUGCUAAAGAGUCGGCCACCAGCGCUAUUGAUGAGGAGGAUAUGGAAGAGCUAUUACAAAUUCAAAGAGACCGCUUAGAUAGAUUGAAGAACGUUAUCGUAUUAGGAAUGGAUGCAGAUGCCGUGAAGGCAAAUGGAAGAGAUGGUGACAAAGAGGAUUUAUUAUUCUAG